AUGAAGGUCAUUGUCGUUGGAGCAGGAAUCGGUGGUCUCGCGGCUGCAAUUGGUCUCAGAAGAGCCGGUCAUGAAGUGUUGAUUUUCGAUAAAUCCUCUCUAUCCCAUGAAGUCGGUGCGGCUAUCAACGUUCAACCCAAUGCAGCUCGAAUCGUCGCCGAAUGGGGUUUUGAUUUCAAAAGAGCACGUUUAGUUACUGCAAAAUCCAUAACCGUUACCUUGGGGGAAGGACUCGUUGAUACCGACCUGGUAGAAUGGGAUAAUAUGGAAGAAAAAUACGGCAUCAAAUCUUUCUACAGUCACAGAGUUGAUUUACACACAGAAUUAAUGUUGCUUGCCAUAGGAGAAGAAGGGCAGGGAAAACCAGCUGUGAUUCGCCAUAAAUGCGAAGUUUUUGAUUAUGACACUAUAAACGGAUCAGUGACUCUCGCUGACGGAACCGUCAUGACAGCAGACUUGAUUGUCGGUGCUGAUGGUAUACAUUCCGCAGCAGUGAAAAAAGUAGUCGGAUAUGAGAAUCCAGCAAUUCCAACAGGUAUCACUUGUUUUCGAACCUUGAUACCUGUUCAAGAGAUUCGAGAUGAUCCUGAAUGUGCAUUUUUCAUGGAAGAAAUGGAAGGAAAACUUCGGAUGUUCAUAUGGCCCCAAUAUGAACAUCAGAAAAUUGUUUGGUAUCCAUGUCGAGAGAACGAAGUACUCAAUAUCGCACUCUUUUGUGCCGAUAAAGAGGAUCUUGACCCCUCCCACGACUGGAAUAAUUGUAUCCCAACCCAAGUCCUUCUCGAUGAACUCAAAGAUUGUCAUCCUGCACUUCGACAUUUAUUAUCAAAGACAAAAGAUGUCAGACUCUGGAAACUUCUUUACAGAUCCCCACUGCCUUCUUGGCAUCAAGGAAAACUCGUGAUUCUAGGAGAUGCUGCACAUCCUAUGUUGCCUUUCCAAGGCCAAGCUGGCGCCCAAGCCAUCGAAGAUGGUUGUGCCCUCGGCAUGCUCUUUUCCAAUCUCCCGGAAGGAAGCAUCACACAAGAGACCAUCUCAACCCGUCUUACCAGUUUCGAAAAAAUAAGAAGAAAUCGCGCAAGUGCCACGCAAAUGUUGUCAAAUGGUGGAUACUUUCAAUCAGAAGAAAAUAAAAAGAAGGUCAAGGUAUAUAUGGAGGAGGGCCAACCUCCGCCUGCCACUCCAGAAGACUUUCAAAAAUACUUCUAUAGUCACGAUGUAAUGAAAGUUUGCGAGAAGGAAUUGGAGAGACUUACUCGAUCGGUGGGAAAUUCAUCGAAUUCUGAUUGGGACGAUGAGAAAAUGGGAGGUAUUCCGGGGAAAGCUGCUGAGAUGGUUGCGGUGAGGAUUUGA